AUGAGCUCCUACCCUGUUGUCGUUAUUGAUGGUAAGGGACACCUUCUUGGUCGUCUUGCCUCUAUCGUUGCUAAGCAGCUCCUCAACGGUGAGAAGGUUGUUGUGGUCCGUGCUGAGGCCCUCAACAUCUCUGGCGAGCUUUUCCGCGCUAAGCUGAAAUACCACGCCUACCUUCGCAAGGGUACCAGAUUCAACAAGACCCGCGGUGCUUUCCACUUCCGCGCUCCUUCCCGCAUCUUCUACAAGGCUGUCAGAGGUAUGAUUCCCCACAAGACUGCCCGCGGCCAGGAGGCUCUUGAGAACCUUGAGGUGUACGAGGGUAUUCCCCCUGCCUACACCAACAAGAAGCGUGUUGUUGUUCCCCAGGCUCUCCGUGUCCUUAGACUCAAGCCUGGCAGAAAGUACACUACUGUUGGCAGACUUGCUUCUGAGGUCGGCUGGCAAUACCAGGACGUUGUCGAGCGUCUGGAAGAGAGAAGAAAGGUCAAGUCUGCUGCUUACUGGGCUAAGAAGAAGGCUCUCAUUGAGAAGACCGUUGCUGCUGAGAAGUCUCUUGAGGGUUCUGAGACUUCCAAGGCCCUUGCUGCUUUUGGCUACUAG